GCCUGGUCAACCCCCGCAGGGUUCCCGGAUGUGCUUUCCCAGCCUCCAUCUUCUAAGUCUUGGAAGGCAUUUUGUGAGGAGGCGCGAUCUAGGUCAGCCGAGGGAAGUCUUAGAUCCAACCAGUUCUCAAGAAAAGGCAGGCGCGCCACCCCGAGGGCCUAGGAGUCUUCUGGCGACAGAGGAGGCUGAACCGGGGCUGCAGCCAGGGAGGCGGCACUGGGCUUCCUGGGGAGCCCGUCACAGGCAGGGCCUAUUCACGACGCAGGAAGGGCCAAGGUUGGCCUGCAGCCCUCCGCCAGGACCAGACGUCUGCAGGGGCUCCCCUGAAAGCCGGCAGUGCUGGUUCAGAAAAGGCAGGCGCACCACACCGAGGGCCUAGGAGUCUUCUGGCAACAGAGGAGGCUGAACCGGGGCUGCAGUCAGGGAGGCGGCACUGGGCUUCCUGGGGAGCCCGUCACAGGCAGGGCCUCUUCAGGAGGCAGGAAGGGCCAAGGUUGGCCUGCAGCCCUCCGCCAGGACCAGACGUCUGCAGGGGCUCCCCUGAAAGCCAGCAGGCAGUGCUGGUUCAGGGGGUCCAGGAACCAGGAGUUGAAGACCAGGGUCUGAGUUCCACUUCUAAACUCAGCACAGCAGAGGAGGCCCAGGCAAAGCUAGGAGUCAAGGUUCCCACAGAGCAAACGCCCUAGGAAGACAGGCGAUCUGUGAGGCCUAGAGUACCAUCUUAAGAGAAGGAGACUUGUAAGGCAGCCUUUGUCAGAGCCAUCAUGGACAAGGAGAUGCCUGCUGCUGGGAUGCCGAGUCUUCUCCAGAGUUCUCCUGAGAAUCCUCAGAGUCCACCGGAGGGGCCUGACCAGUCUCCUCUCCAGAGUCCUGUAAGCCCCUUCGUCUCCUCCACUUCAUUGAGUCUUCAGAGUCCUCCUGAGAGUCCUCCUGAGAGUCCUCAGAGUCCACCUGAGGGGCCUGUACAGUCUCCUCUCCUGAGUCCUGUGAGCUCCUCCUCCACUUCACUGAGUCUUCCCCUAAGGUCCCCUGAGUAUCCCAAGAUUCCUCCUGAGGGGCCUUCCCAGUCUCCUCUCCAGAGUCCUGUGAGCACCUUCGUCUCCUCCACUUCAGUGAGUCUUCAGAGUCCUCCUGAGAGUCCUCCUGAGAGUCCUCAGAAUCCAUCUGAGGGGCCUGUACAGUCUCGUCUCCUGAGUCCUGUGAGUUCCUCCUCCACUUCACUGAGUCUUCCCCUGAGUUCCCCUGAGGAUCCCCAGAGUCCUCCUGAGGGAACUGCCCAGUCUCCUCUCCAGAGUCCUGUGAGCACCUUCGUCUCCUCCACUUCAUUGAGUCUUCAGAGUCCUCCUGAGAGUCCUCAGAGUCCACCUGAGGGGCCUGUACAGUCUCCUCUCCUGAGUCCUGUGAGCUCCUCCUCCACUUCACUGAGUCUUCCCCUGAGUUCCCCUGAGGAUCCCCAGAGUCCUCCUGAGGGGCCUGCCCAGUCUCCUCUCCAGAGUACCCUGAGCCCCAUCCUCUCUUUCACUUUGUUGAAUCUUUCCCAGAGUUUCCCUGAGAGUCCUCAGAGUCCUCCUGAGGGGCCUGCCCAGCCUAUUUUCCAGAGUUUUGUGUGCUCCUUCUCCACUUCACUGAGUCUUCUCCAGAGUUUCCCUGAGAGUCCUCAGAGUCCUCCUGAGGGGCCUGCCCAGCCUAUUUUCCAGAGUUUUGUGUGCUCCUUCCCCACUUCACUGAGUCUUCUCCAGAGUUUCCCUGAGAGUUCUCGGAGUUCUCCCGAGGGGCCUGUGCAGUCUCCUCCCCAGAGUCCUGUGAGCUCCUCCUCCUCCAGUUCAUUGAGUCUUCUGCAGAGUUCUCCCGAGAGCCCUCAGAGUCCUCCUGAGGGACCUGCCCAGUCUCCUCUCCAGAGUGCUCUGAGCCCCUUGAUCUCUUCCACUUUGUUGAAUCUUUUCCAGAGUUUCCUUGAGAGUCCUCAGAGUCCUUCUGAGGGGCCUGACCAGCCUGCUUUCCAAAGUUCUGUGUGGUCCUUCCCCUCCACUUCACUGAGUCUUCUCCAGAGCUUUCCUGAGAGUCCUCAGAGUCCUCUUGAGGGGCCUGCCCAGCCUAUUUUCCAGAGUUUUGUGUGCUCCUUCUCCACUUCACUGAGUCUUCUCCAGAGUUUCCCUGAGAGUCCUCGGAGUUCUCCCGAGGGGCCUGUGCAGUCUCCUCCCCAGAGUCCUGUGAGCUCCUCCUCCUCCAGUUCAUUGAGUCUUCUCCAGAGUUCUCCCGAGAGCCCUCAGAGUCCUCCUGAGGGGCCUGCACAGUCUUCUCUCCUGAGUCCUGUGAGCUGCUCCUGCACUUUACUGAGUCUUCCCCAGAGUUUCCCUGAGAGUCCUCGGAUUCCUCCUGAGGGGCUGUCCCAGUCUCCUCUCCAGAGUCCUGUGAGCUCAUUCACCUCCUCCUCCCGCUCCUCCUCCUCCCCCUCCCCCGUCUCCCCCUCCCCCUUCUUCCCCUCCCCCUCUGCCACCUACCCUACCCCUCCCCCUACCCCUCCCCCUCAUACCCCUUCCCCUCCUUCUUCCCCUCCCACUCCCCCUCCCCCCGUCCCUCGUCCCCUCCCCCUUCCCCUCCUCCCCCUCCCCCUCCCCCUCCCCUCCUCCUCCUCCUCCCUCCUCCUCCCGCCUCCUCCCCCGCCUCCCCUCCUCCUCCCUCUCCUCCCCUCCUCCUCCUCUCCUCCCCUCCCCUCCUUUUCCUCCUCCUCCUGUUCAUUGAGAUUUCUCCAGAGUUCUUCUGAGAGUCCUCACAGUCCUCCUGAGGGGCCUGCACAGUCUGCCCUCCAGGAUCCUGUGACCUCCUUCUCCUUCAGUCCACUGAGUUUUCCCCUGAGUUCCCCUGUGUGUCCCCAGAGUCCUCCUGAGGGUCCUUCCCAGUCUGCUCCCCAGGGUCCCGUGAGCACCUUUUCCUCCUGUCCAUUCCCUCUUACCCUGAGUUCCCCUGAGUGUCCCCAGAGUCCUCCUGAGGGGCCUUCCCAGUCUGCUCUCCAGGGUCCUGUGGGCUCUUUCUACUCCUCCACUUUAUGGAACCCAUCCAGUGAAGAGUCCAGCAGCCCAGCAGAUGAAGAUACAAGAACCUCAGACACCUUACUAGACAGUGAGUCCUUGACAGAUAAUGAGUCCCCGACAGCCACUGAGCCCUUGUUUGCUCAUACACUGGAUGAAAAGGUGGAUGAGUUGGUGUGAUUUUCGUCAGCAGGUACAGGGGCUACUUUCCUAUGAUCUUCAGGAAAGCCCGUGAGUUCAUAGAGAUUCUUUUUGGCAUUGCCCUGACAGAAGUGGGCCCCGACCACUCCUAUGUCUUUGUAAAUACAUUAGACCUCACCUGUGAAGGGAGUCUGAGUGAUGAGCAAGGCAUGCCCCAGAACCGCCUCCUGACACUUAUUCUGAGUAUAAUCUUCAUAAAAGGCUCCUGUGCCUCUGAGGAGGUCAUCUGGCAUGUGCUGAAUGGAAUAGGGGUAUGUGCUGGGAGGGAGCACUUCAUCUUUGGGGAGCCCAGGGAGCUCCUCACUAAAGUUUGGGUACAGGAACAUUACCUGGAGUACCGGGAGGUGCCCAACACUUCUCCCCCACGUUAUGAAUUUCUUUGGGGUCCGAGAGCCCAUUCAGAAAUCAGCAAGAGAAAAGUAGUAGAGUUUUUGGCCAUGCUAAACAAUACCGUCCCUCGUUCCUUUUCACCCUCAUACAAGGAUGCUUUGAAACAUCUAGAAGAGAGAGCCCAGGCCACAAUUGACACCACAGAUGACUCCACUGUCACAGACGGUGCAAGCUCCGAUGUUUCCCAGCCCGUCUUCCCCUGAGCAAAGUCUAAGGCAGAAUCUUCCUUUUGAGUGUGAACAGGGCAGGCGAGUUUCUAUGCCAUGGAGGGCCCGGGUGAAGCUGGCGAGAACAGAGUGUUUGCGUUUCUGUUCCAUAUGGUAGUUAAGGGAUUUACCUAUUUUACUUUGGGGUAUUUUUCAAAUGCUUUUCCUUUUAAUAACAGGUUUAAAUAGCUUCAGAAACUUAGUUUAUGGAGUUUAUGAAUAUUAGUCACACAUGUGCUGCUGUUUAACUGGUUGAGGGGUAACGGUUUGAUAGUUUGUAAAACACACACACACACACACACACACACACACACGAUUGGGAAAACCUGCCUUAUCUGUGGUCUGUCACACUUUAAUAUGGUAUUACUGUAGCAAUUUUCUUUAAAUUGUAAAAGAACUCUGGAGUUGAAUAGUGGAACAAAACAAAGGAUUGUUAAUAUUUGCAUUUCCUCAUACCCUUUAGUCUGCUGUUCUUGAAAAUUAAAGAUACGUACCUGGUUUUCUUGGCUUGUUUAAUAAAGUAGCAGAGAUUAAAUGAUAAUAAAUAAAAAUAUC